AAUAUUUCAUUGGAUUAUAUAUGCAAGCGAAUAUAAGUAGAGAGCAUUAAAUAUAAUAAAUGCAUUACAAGUCUGCUUAUGAUAUUAUUUAUUAAGUAUACAUAUUCUUACAACAAAAUGCUUUUCCAGGACAGUUUGUUAAAAAUUAUUAUCUCUAUAUGUUUUUUCGAGCUCUUUGUGUUUUAAAAUUGUAUUGUAAUGUCGAAGUCCCGAUAGCCCAAGCAAUAAAAGCAAUCGAUCUAAAAUAAAUCGAUAAAUAGCGGAUAAUCAUAAAAUGCACUUCUCAAAUUUAAAUUUAUUUGUUGGAAUCAUCUCAAAUUAGGAAGAUCACUAAAUAACAAUAAUAUAUAUCAUGAACAUAAUCCGUUCUGCCCGUUCUGUCCGUUUGAACGCUUCCACGUUGAUUCCAAAAAGCUGUUCGUCAGUAAUACGGUCAUUAUCCUCAGCUGAGUUGACCAAACUUGAAGUAAAUGAUAAAACUGGUAUUGCUGUGCUAACUUUGAACCGACCACCAGUGAAUAGUUUAAAUCUUGAGCUCCUAACCGAUAUACGCAACUCAAUUAAAGAUGCUGAAAGCAACAAGUGCAAGGGGCUCAUACUCACAUCGUCCUCAAAUACAGUAUUUUCUGCCGGUCUGGACUUUUUGGAGAUGUAUCAACCGAAGGAAGAACGGUUAAAGAGUUUCUGGACAACGCUGCAAAGUACUUGGAUGACAUUAUAUGCCUCGAAAAUACCAACUGCUGCGGCUAUUAAUGGCCAUUCACCAGCGGGCGGUUGUUUGCUGGCCACAUCUUGCGAAUAUCGUGUCAUGUUACCUAAAUUUACGAUAGGUUUGAAUGAAACCCUCAUAGGCAUUGUAGCACCCAAUUGGUUCAUGAAUUCAUAUCUUAAUGUACUGCCACGACGCGUUGCCGAAUUAGCGCUGACACAAGGUAAAUUGUUCACUACCGCUGAAGCGCAACAGGUGGGACUCGUUGAUGACGUUGUAAAUACCAAAGAGGAAGCUAUCGCUAAAUGUGAAGAAUUUAUUGGUUUGUUCAAAAAUGUUAAUCCAUACGCGCGUGCCUUAACUAAGCAACAAUUUCGCAUUAAGGAACUGCAAGAGCUUGAGCAAAAUCGCGAACAAGAUUUGCAAGCAUUUAUAGCUGCUGUAACUAAACCGAGCACGCAAGCGGCGAUGGGCGCGUAUUUGGAGAACUUAAAAAAGAAAUCCAAAUAAUAAGUUCGUGCAAAAACACAGUUCACUGCUUUAAUCUACAUCCUCGUAUUUUAUUAUAAAUAAGUUCAUAGUGC